CUCCUGUCCUAUCUUCUCUUCUCUUCUCCUGUCCUCUCCUCUCCUCUCCUGUCCUGUCCUGUCCUGUCCUGUCCUGUCCUGUCCUCUCCUCUCCUCUCCUGUCCUAUCUUCUCUUCUCUUCUCUUCUCUUCUCUUCUCUUCUCUUCUCUUCUCUUCUCUUCUCUUCUCCUGUCCUCUCCUCUCCUCUCCUGUCCUCUCCUCUCCUCUCCUCUCCUCUCCUCUCCUCUCCUCUCCUCCAUGACUCCACAGGUUCCAAUUCCCAGGCCUUCAUACUCCCAGGCCAGGGAGAGUCUGGUGAAGGCGAUCCCUCCUAAAAUAAUCUGUCUUCUGGCCUGUGGGGGAAGGGACUGCCGUUAUGAGGGUCCGGCGUGCUGGAGCACAAGCCAGCAGGACAUUAAGGGGGUCUUCUCAAGCUGGGUGACUGAUGACAUCAUUGCAAUGGCACGACCUUCAACACAUCUCAUCAAAAGAUACAGCAUCAUUGAGCAGUUCAAAAGGUUGAACAUAAAAUCCAUCAUUAAUAUGCAGCUUCCAGGGGAGCAUGCUCACUGCGGUCCUGCACUGGAGCCUGACAGUGGCUUCACAUAUUCACCGCAGGUCUUUAUGGACAGCCAAAUUUACUUCUAUAAUUUUGGGAUGUCUGAUCAUGGGGUGUCCUCUCUGGAGGGUAUGUUGGAUGCUGUGAAGGUGUUGGCAUUCUCUGUGCAGGAGGGGAAGGUGGCUGUCCAUUGCCAUGCAGGACUCGGCAGAACAGGCGUUCUCAUUGCCUGCUAUCUGGUGUACACGAGUCGAAUCAGCGCAGGUGAAGCAGUACACUACGUUCGGAUCAAACGGCCUCGCUCGAUCCAGACUCGGUCACAGAUCAAUCUGGUGUUUGAUUUCGCCCGGCUGGUUGGCUCCCAGUUGGUCCAGUUCCCAUGUCUGAACAUGCGGCACGGUUCCACCUUCAGUCUGCGGCAGUACCUCCUGCGCCAGGCUCUUCUGCUGCACGGGGAAGAGGCCCGAACCCUCGCGCACACGCCCAAGAUCGUGCACGUCCUCUGCAGCAUGCUGAUCGCUUUAACCCAAGGUGCACCCAGUCCUCCAGAGGUCCACAGAGAAAUGGAGAAGAGGGCGACCAUAUUGGCUCUGAGAAAGGCUGUGAGGGACACACUUUCUAAGAGGAACCUUCCAGUAUUGAGGGAGAGGAGAGGCUCCUGCAGAACGUUCUCCUGUGAGUCCUGGGACGAGCCAUUCGGGUUCCUGGAAAGGAAGAGGGAGAUCCUCCUCAACAAACGAAGCUACAGCGAAUCAGAUCUCAGCAAAAUGACUGUCAUUCAGGAUUUCACUCGUACACGGUACUCUCCUAAAUUUGGUGGACACCAUCAAGUCUGCAAUGGACAGAUCAGUGAAUCAAGAGAUCAGAGAAUAUCAGAUUCCCAACAGAAUGCCAAUGGCAGGACCCUGAAGACAGACCAGUGCAAUGGAACAACAGAGAAUCAUGGCCCGCAUCUACCGUCAGCACCUCAUCCGUGUAAUGAGACUGCGAACAAGAAGACAAAAUGUACCACAAAGAAACCUCCGGCUGUCUUAAAGUUCAGCUCAAGCCUGGAGCUUCGAAUGGACGAUCCCACAUUGGAACAAGUGUUAAUAUCUACAGCUGUGGCUCAGGCAAUGGCUCAACAGCGCUCUCCAGCAGACACAGUAUUGGCCAGAGCUGCAGUGUUGCAAGAUGAGCUGAACUUGAGCGAAUGCGGCUGGGCUACACUCGUUAUGGAGGCAGAUCCAGUUGUUCUGACCACACUAUUAUGGACCUGGCUGGACAAACUAAAGGACCCCAUUCUGCAUAAAGAUGACAUCGAGAGGCUGACCUCCACCUGGCCUGCACAAAACCCCCUGAACACACUGCACAAGUCGCAGCGACACACUAUCUGCUGUUUGCUGGUUUGUGUGGGUCAGGUCGCCGCUCAAUCUCCACAGUUUGAACCUGCAAUACUACAGAGACUCAUUCGAGCUUUGACAAGAUGCCCUUCAGAGGAAACAGAGAGAAACGGCACCUUGUUGCGGGUCCUCAGAGCUACAAUGAGAGAGCUUUACCUACACAAACACCACCUGAAUUCUACAACACAGUGCUGCAUUGACAGCAUUAAACUAAAAAAGAGAUGUGUAUAAAGAGUCACUGUUUGGUUUAUUGUAUGACUUAUUGGUUCAUUCAUGUGUAUUUCAGUGUUUACAGUGGCUCUAAAAUUGAUUUCGGACUUUUUGGACACUUGAGCCACUCUUAAAAAAUGUGUAAAUUGAAUUUCCUUAACAUAAUAUUAAAGCAAGUGGCAUCUUUAAAAAAAAUGAUGCUAGACCUUUUCUCAGAACUUGCUUAAUUUUCUUAGUUUCGCAAUCACCUCAAGGCAAUAAGGUGUAAACAUAAUUUUUAGCAGCACAUCUUUGUUUUAUCUUUUAAAACCUUCCUUUUGUGAAACAUAUUGCUUGAAAAGUGUUCUUUUGCUAUCUCUGUUUAAACUAAAAGGCACCUGUUUUGUUACAUUGUUUUUGAUGUAGUGAAAUUCAUACCUUUUUAAGUCUGUAAUUGUCCAAAUACUUUUUGGGGCCACUGGAGACAAACUUUUGUUUACUGUUUGCAACUUUGAAUCAAAGAUUAGGAAUAUUCUGUAUUUAAUGCAAGUUAUGGUCAAUCGACAGAAUUUGUUGCAUAAUGUUAAUUACCACAAAAAUAAAUGCUGACUCCUCCAAACUUUUCCCCUUAAACGCUGCGGGCUGGGCUAGAAGCGAAAGAUAAGUUUACGCUUAAAUUGUAAAAGUCACUAGAUACAUACAGUAUGAAUGUCACUGAAAGCUUAGAAUCUAAACGUUUCAUAAAAUACCACCACUUUGCAUUUGUUACAUAAAAUAACAAAAUAAAGCCUUAAAUGAGUGCCGCCAUGAGGUGAUGAUGUAGAAAUAUGAGUAUGAAUAUAAAACAUUUUCACAUAGCACCUAAAUAGGCAAGUUAUAUAUCAAAUGAAAGCUUUCAUUCUUAGUUAUUUGACUGUAUAGUUUAUUCUGUUGGCCGAACACCAUAGUUCGAAUGAUUAUCAAAAGAGUCAUGAAGUGAACUAUGAUCUCUGUAAGACAACAAAGACAAACGUCUCAUGUCUGCUCCGAUCACUGCUUCUGUAUGCCCCAAGUAGCCAUAGACUCCUCUGUAUAAGCUCUUACCUUAUGCUGUUUUCUUUAAAAUUAGCCAUCUUUGGGGCCUGGGUAGCUCAGUGAGUAAAGAUGCUGACUACCACCCCUGGAGUCGAAUCCAGGGCGUGCUGAGUGACUCCAGCCAGGUCUCCUAAGCGACCAAAUUAGCCCGGUUGCUAGGGUGGGUAGAGUCACAUGGGGUAACCUACUCGUGGUCGCUAUAAUGUGGUUCUCGCUAUCAAUGGGGUGCGUGGUGAGUUGUGCGUGGAUGCUGCAGAGAAUAGCGUGAAGCCUCCACACGCGCUACAUCUCCGCGGUAACGCGCUCAACAAGCCACGUGAUAAAAUGCGCGGAUUGACGGUCUCAGACGCGGAGGCAACUGAGAUUCGUCCUCCGCCACCCGGAUUGAGGCGAGUCACUACCCCACCACGAGGACUUAGAGGAUUUAAUUCUUCUGUUAAAACUUGCAUAAUAUUUGUCGUUUUUGCGGCGAACUACAGUUUUAGGCUGAUGAACUUCUAGUUAUUUGUCAUGACGUCAUGGCAACAAAGAUGUAAAAUGGGAUAUAACUUUACACAGAAAGGAUUAGUAUGUGAUUUUAUAAAACUGAUAUCCUAUUAACGCAUAUUGUUUACGCCUUGUGGUUAUGCUUUUGAAACAGUGAGUAUUUUAAAGGGAUAGUUCACCCAAAAAUGAAAAUUCUCACAUAAUUUAGUCACCCUCAUGCCA